CCCCAAUCACUUCAUAUAUCAAUCUUCUAUAAAUAUUGUCAGGAAAAAAAAAAAAAUAUUAUGGCCUUCAUCAAAGUUUCUGUUUUGUUGUUGCUGCUGUUUGUUGUGCUUGUUGCUCCAAUAGCUGAUGCUCGGGGAAACCUUUUCCGGGUUUCUAAUGAUGUUCAAUCUCUAGGUUUUGGACAAAAAUUCUGCUCUACCUGUAAGUGCGAGACAGAAUCCAAAACCACAAGAUGUUAUCGUACGGACAGAAAGAUAGGCGGAUGCCCCUUAGUUUGCGGAGAACCUUGCAGUUGUACAAAAAGUAUCCCACCAAUAUGCUUUUGCAGAUAUGAGGUUGAGACCUGCAAUCCUGAACAAUGCAACUCCAUCGGCACUACUGAUCAUAUGCUGACGUUUGAGAAACUUCUCGCUAUCAAAGGCGCAUGGUGAAUAAUUAGAAACUAUAUAUUGCAUGCUACGUGCAAUAUAUUACGUCUACAUAUAUAUAUGUAUGUUUAUAAAACUACCAAGUCACUAGAAAACUUGGGGUAAUUAAAGCUUGCUACGCUUCAACUACUGCCGUGAUGUUGAGGCUUUUAAAUAAGUGUAAGCGUAUCAUAAUAAUGAAGUAAAACUUCAAUAAUUUUUAUCCGGUUUUUUUAAA